CGGGGCCGGAGCAGGGCCGGGGCCGGAGCAGGGCCGGGGCCGGAGCGGGGCCGGGGCCGGAGCGGGGCCGGGGCCGGAGCGGGGCCGGAGUGGGGCCGGGGCCGGAGCCGGAGCCGGAGCGGGGCCGGAGCCGCUGCCCCCGCCAUGUCCAAGCUGCUGCCGGCGCAGGAGGCGGCUCGGAUCUACCACACCAACUACGUGCGGAAUGCGCGGGCCAUGGGGGUGCUCUGGGCCCUCUUCACGCUCUGCUUCUCCAUCCUGAUGGUGGUGACCUUCAUCCAGCCCUACUGGAUCGGCGACAGCAUCGACACGCCGCAGGCCGGCUACUUCGGCCUCUUCUCCUACUGCAUCGGCAACGCGCUCACCGGUGAGCUCAUCUGCAAGGGCAGCCCCCUGGACUUCGGCACCAUCCCCUCCAGUGCCUUCAAAACUGCCAUGUUCUUCGUAGGCAUCUCCACCUUCCUCAUCAUCGGCACCAUCCUCUGCUUCAGCCUCUUCUUCUUCUGCAACGCGGCCACCGUUUACAAAGUCUGCGCCUGGAUGCAGCUGGCAGCGGCUACGGGGCUGAUGAUCGGCUGCCUGAUCUACCCCGACGGCUGGGACUCUAGCGAGGUGAGGCGAAUGUGCGGCGACAAAACCGACAAAUACACGCUGGGCGCCUGCACCGUGCGCUGGGCCUACAUCCUGUGCAUCAUCGGCAUCCUGGACGCCCUCAUCCUCUCCUUCCUGGCCUUCGUGCUGGGCAACCGGCAGGACAACCUCCUGCCCUCGGAUUUCAAAGUGGAGGAUAAAGAAGAGGGAAAUGACUGACAGGACUGACAGAGCUGCUCACCACGGUCAUCCAGAGCUCUUCUUCCAUCAGCACUUUUCUUUGAAGUGACUCUUCUAGGAAGCUCAAACUUACCAAAUUCUGUGGAUUUUCUACAGCUUUUUUCAUCCAUGGGGCCGCUCUUGGCUCACAGCUCUUGUGGAGCUUAUUUGGUGGGAAGAGCCCAAAAGGGACAUUGAAGUUUUUCUGAGACCAUCAGCAAGAAGGACAAGAGGGGAAGGAUGGCGAUUUGCUGCUUUUUGGGGGGGUUUGUACACCUUAUUUCAAGGAGAUUAGUUCUGAAUUAAAAAAAAAAAAACAACAAAACACCACCAAAAUAUCA